ACUGCAGUCUGUUCUCAGUGGUGAACGACUCUUAUGGCGCCCACAGCAAGCUUUCCGCCCCAGCCAGCGCCUUGCUCACGGGAGUCCGCUGUCGCUUCCAGCGCAAGCCCCAGAGACCUGCCCCUCGGGGGACCCGCUGGACUCGAAGCCGCGACCGUCAUCGCUCUACAACCGGUGCAUGUCCCUCGCUGACGUCAGCCGGAGCGGCCCUGGAGCUAUAUAAGCUGGCGGCGGUCCCGGGACAGACCCCGUGUUUCCCCGGCGCCCUCAGCCCGCCCCAGGGACCGACCGGAGCUCCGUCCUGCGCUGCGCAGCCGCUCUUCCCGCACCUGGCCGGCGGCACCAUGAGGCUGGCCGGACGAGAGGCGCUGCUGGCGGCGCUGCUGCUUCUGGCACAGCUGCGCCCGGGGAGCAGCCAGUGGAGCCCGGAGGAGGCGGCGGCGGCGGCCAGGGUCCGGGACCCGAGUCUGCGCUGGAGCCCCGGAGCUCGGACCCAGGGCGGCGGGGCCCGCGCGCUCCUCCUGCUGUUGGCGGAGCGCUUCCCCCACCGCGUGGGGCCCGGCAGAUGGGGAGCUGGGACCUCGGGCGAGCGGCCGCGACGGGAAGACCCUACGCUGUCCAUCGACCUCACCUUCCACCUCCUGCGGACCCUGCUGGAGCUGGCGCGGACGCAGAGCCAGCGGGAGCGCGCGGAGCAGAACCGCAUCCUGUUCGACUCGGUGGGCAAGUGACCCGCGGGGCCUGGGGCCCCGAAAACCUGGACCCGACCCCCCACCCCCGGGCUGGCACCUGCUCGACCGGAACUGACCCAUCCCGCGGGGCUGGAGCGGCCGGGGAUGCCUUGAACACUCUCUGCGUGGCUAGUUUUUAAUAA